AAUCUUCCCUACAAUUGCCUUCACAACAAAAUGGCUUCAAUGUUUUGUGCACUAAUUCUAAUUUGCCUUGGCUUUUCAAUAACCACUACCAGUGCACAAACACCAGCAGCCUCUCCUACUUUGCCAACCACCACACCGCCACCUACUACAACUGCUCCUCCACCUACAACUGCCCCUCCACCCACAACAACACCAAAAGCACCAACACAGCCACCAGUAACUGCAGUAACUCCUAUAUCACCACCAUCACCUAAAGUUGCACCAGCUACAACCCCAUCAGUUCCCCCUCCUCAAAUUCCACCAGCACCAGCCACACCGCCACCAACUUUACCACCAGCACCAGCCACCCCUCCACCUGCUCUACCACCACCAAAGGUAUCACCGACUCCAGUCCAAGCGCCACCAGCACCUUCACCUGCAAAGGAGACACCAGCACCUGCACCUCCAAAGCUACCACCAACACCAGCACCAGUGCCAAUUAUUCAAACACCAACCCUUACACCUGCUCCGCCUCCACACCACCACAAGAGGAGGAGGCACAAGCACAAGCAUCAUCAUCACACACCAGCUCCAGCACCAACUGCUCUAAAAAGCCCCCCUGCACCACCUACAGUACAAGAAUCAGAGGACACAACACCAGCACCAUCACCUUCUCUGAAUUUGAAUGAAGCAAACACACUGCACCAGCAAGGAGGAAGAUCUGGAGUGUGGACAAGUACAGGGUUAGCUAUUGCCAUCCUGCUGGCAGUCAGAGGAUACAAUUUCUAGCAAUCUUUAGAAAAUAUGCUAUUCUUGCAUGUGAUGACUAUUUCCAUAUGAAAAAUCAUUUCAUAUAUUUAUAGAAGUAGGAAAAAAUAAAGCAACAGAUGAAGAAACAGUAAACUGUUGACAUUUUUGUAUUUUUUUGCAUUUCAUGUAUAAGAAUAUUUUAUCUUUUGACAGAAA